UUGACAUUUACACAAUCUUCUAACCUUUACACCGAUUCACUCGCACAACUCGCACGUUGAAAAUUUUCCCGAAUUACAUCAGAAAAUUUGUUAGAAUUUGUCGUUUAGUCGAUUUAGUGAAACAAAGUAUCACAGAAAAUGUCGUGGCUCUUCGGAUAUAAAACACCACAACCACAAAUGACCAGUGCUGGUGGAUCGGAUGAGGGUGGUCCCCCAAAUACAGCCGGUCAGGCGAGUGGAGAUCAAAAACUUACAUCAGCCGAACGGAAGGCAAUGGAAGCAUAUCGUUUUGAUUCGUCCGCCUUAGAAAGGGCAGCCGAGGCAGCAAAGACAUUGGAAAGAUCUAAGCAUGCACGGGAGGCACUGGAAUUGUCCAAAAUGCAAGAGGGAACCAGACAACAAGAGUAUCAAGUCAAGGUGAAAGAGUACGAAGCGCACAUUGAACAGGCCAAGGUGGAACAGAAACGAAUCGAUCACGAAGAACGGCGGAAAACAUUAAUUGAAGAGACAAAGCAACAGCAGCAACGUGCGCAAUAUCAGGAUCAAUUGGCUAGAAAGCGUUACGAAGAACAAUUGGCACAACAGCAGCGAGUUCAAGAGGAGAAUUUGCGUAAGCAAGAAGAAAGUGUUGCUAAGCAAGAAGCAAUGCGACGAGCCACAAUAGAACAUGAAAUUGAAAUGAAGGAGAAAAAUAAACUCAAAUUGCUGGAACAUGAAAUGCGAGCGAAGGCAAAGGUGGACCGAGAAAAUCGUGAUUUGACUUUGGAACAAAUUCGUUUGAAGGCACAGGAGAAUCGGGUGACCGUUCUGGAAUCGAUCAAAACUGCAGGCACAGUACUCGGAACAGGAGCACAAGCUUUGCUAACCGACUGGGACAAAGUCCUAGCGGCAGUUGGUGGUCUCUCACUAUUGGCAUUGGGAGUUUAUUCGGCGAAAGGUGCGACUGGAGUUGCAUCUCGUUACGUCGAAGCUCGCAUUGGUAAACCGAAUUUGGUGAAUGAAACUUCGCGGUUUUCGUUCUUGGACAUCAUCAGUCAUCCCAUCAAAGCCGUCCAACGUUUAAAAAAGAAAUCAAGCGAUGCCCUGCAAGGCGUCAUCUUAGAACCGAAACUUGAAGAACGUCUUCGCGACGUUGCAAUUGCCACUAAAAACACCCGCCAGAACAACGGAAUGUACCGAAACAUUUUGAUGCAUGGACCGCCCGGAACAGGUAAAACUCUGUUUGCGAAAAAAUUGGCCGAACAUUCGGGAAUGGAUUAUGCCAUAAUGACUGGCGGUGAUGUCGGACCGAUGGGUAAAGACGGUGUCACAGCCAUACACAAAGUUUUCGAUUGGGCACAAACCAGUCGGCGUGGCCUGCUGCUGUUUGUCGAUGAAGCCGAUGCAUUCUUGAGGAAACGGUCAUCGGAACAAAUUUCGGAAGAUCUUCGAUCGGCAUUGAAUGCAUUUCUGUACAGGACCAGUGAACAAAAUCCGAAAUUCAUGUUGGUGCUAGCUAGUAAUACACCGGAACAAUUCGAUUAUGCCAUCAACGAUCGUUUGGACGAAAUGGUGGAAUUUCUAUUGCCUGGAUUAGAGGAACGGGAACGAUUGAUUCGAUUGUAUUUCGAUAAAUUCGUUCUACAACCGGCAGCCGAAGGCAAAAAACGAUUCAGUGUCGACCAAUUUGAUUACGGUGCUGUUUGCAGUAAAAUGGCAAAAAUGUGCGCUGGUAUGUCUGGUCGUGAGAUUUCGAAAUUGGGUGUUGCGUGGCAGGCUGCAGUUUAUGCUUCAGAGAACGGUGUACUGACAGAAAAAAUGGUACUUGACCGGUGUGAAGCAGCCACCGAACAACAUAAACAGAAGAUGGCAUGGUUAUCCGAGCAAGAAAAAGGGGAUCACAAGUCGAUAACAGUCGCGAAGGCAACAUAAUUCCAAAAUUUGUUAACCGAUAUAACGAACCGUUGUAACUGUUGUUAACAAA